AUGCGUGGACUUGGACUGAGCCUCUGGGAGACUUGUUUGGAGGAAAUGGAAAUUGCCGCCUUUCAUGGUUUUCUCCCCCAGGGCAAUGGGCCGGUGGUUGGCAGGUCUGGACGGGCGGCGUCGAAAACACCAUACUCCUUCACUGCGGUAUUUGCCAGCACUCUUAUCAUAGGAGUGAUUUCCGGCAUUUCUCAGUGCAUAUGGGGCGGGCUGAUCUGGGGUACGAUUUGGAUUCUCUUUGAUUACCUCAUGGAGCUGCCCGGUCCCGAUUCCCAAGGUGGCAAGGACUAA